AUGAUAAUAUUAUUUACCUUCAUUACGUAUUCAUAUUCUCGAUGUGCAUUCUCUGUAGAAUGUCAAGGAAAUAAUUGUGAUCCAUUAGAGGUUGAUACUGAACCCUUUGUAGCAAGAGUUUCAUAAUGUCCUCAUAUGGAUGGAACCAUGGUCUGUUGUAACAAAAAUUAAGAUGACCAAAUGCAACGAAAUUUUCAAGCCAUAGAUGCAUCUUUUGGUAAUGCUGGUGGUGGAUGUGAUAUGUAUAAUAUUUUCCAUCAUUUUUAGUUGUGCCUAUAAUUUGAAGAAAUUCUGGUGUGAGUAUACUUGUAGUCCUAAUUAAAGUUAAUUCUUAACCACAAAUGGAUAUACUAACAUGAAAGAUCCAUUAAACCCUAAGAAUAUAUUAAAAGUUUAGUUAGUUGAAAUUAAAGUCAAACCUUAAGUGGCAUGUGUAAAUUAUUUAUGUUUAAAUCUCUAUAGGACAUGUGGUCAUCUUGUAAAAGAACAUAAUUUGCAUCUUAAGUUACAGCUAUGAAAACUCCAGGAGGAUUCUUUAAUUUCCAAGGAGAACAGGCAGUGUAUAUAUUAUGAUUUAUAAAUUAGUGGAUAAGCUAAAUAAUUCAUAUCAGUCAAGUUUGUAGAUAAUGAUGAAGAGACUAUUAACUUUGAUUUUGUUCCUGAUUGCAAAUAUGAAUAUCCACCUGGUCCAGAUGGGAAAAUCGUUACACCAGAUGGAUUCGUAAUAUCUGAAAAAUGUUCUUGUAAUAAUUGUGAUCUAAUGUGUCAUGAUGAAGAAAUUCUUUAUAAAGAGACAGGUGUUUUUGAAGGUUUUAAUGGAUAUUUAGUAUUAUGGGUUUGGGCAGGAGCAAUUUUAAUUGCUGCAUUAAUUACAGGAUUUAGAUAUUAUAAAUAAAAAGCUAAUCAUGAAAUCUUAAUAGAUCCAAUUUGA